AACCACUGAUUGUGAGUGUGAUGUGAUGCACCAUCGAAAACCUACCAUAACGUUGACACAGACUUAAUCCUGAGGUGUAAACUUACCAGCAGAAUGAAGACGGUGACAACGCAGACGGCUCGCUCUGUCUGUGUGAUUGGCGGCGGACCGUCCGGUAUGUCGUUCUGUCACUCCGUAGAGCAUUGUCGUCGGAACGACCUUGAUCUCCCAGUCGUUUCGGACACACCUUUACUGCACACACCGUUGGUGGUCACAUGUUUCGAACAUUCGGCGGCUCCGGGGGGCGUGUGGAGGGCAGGGCGGUGGAGACUUGGGACAGUCCCUACAUGUAAGCCGGUUUGUGGACGAACGGACCCACGUACUGCAUGGAGUUCUUCAACUAUACGAUGGACGAACAUUUCGAUGGUGCCCCCGUUCCAGUCUAUCUACCGACUUGUGGCAAUUGUUUGUCGACGACGGGAGAUUCCCCGGACGCGCUACCGACCGCGGAUGAGAUGUGGCGGCAAAAUCACGCCCAAGCCCUACAGGAGUUGCACAUUGCGUAUUUGCGCUUCGCCGACGAGUGGUACCACCAAGCAGUCGCCAAGUUACCGCAGAUCUGGAAGAAAACGAAUCUCUGGGGCGAUUUGGAAACCUUUACAGAGCUCCACAAGAAUGGCCAAGCUUUGGUAGAUUUUGACGAACAGGAUUACGAAAACCGCGGUCGGAUUGCCAAGCACGAGCGAGAGUAUUUGUGGCGCACCUUUCGCGACUACGAGGCCUUUGAUGCGGCCAAGAUUUACAGUCUCUUUACCGGUAGUAAGUACGUCCCCCUGCAGGCGCGAUGGAUGGAUCUGCACGAUGUGGAAGCUUGGCGACGGGAUUUUCUAACCCCGGAGUGUCGUGGAGGGUCUCGUGGUGCCGAUCUUGCACCCAAUGUAAAAUGUUGGAUUUAUUGGAUGCGGAGAACAUCUGGAGGACAUCCUCCGCUUUACAAGGAAUGUUUCAAAAUUGCUGACAGUAAAGACAUGUUUUGA